GUGCAGUGACGGCGUCACAGGAUGGGCGCUACUUUGUCGCGCCUUCUCUGUGCCUUUUUACUCAUCUAUUUGCGCUGCAAGUCAAGAGCGCCUUGUGUUACGUUCGUGCCCCUUUGUAGUCAAUGGACUACGUCAGCAUCUAGCUCUUCUCCGCUACACAUGUAUCCGGGGUAAAUUUUUAUUUUCUCUGCUUUUCUAGUUCUUCCCAUAUCUUCUCCGACAAUGAAGGCCCCACGACUUACAACAGGGCAGACACGAUCACGAGGCUGCACGAGAGGGACGCCAAGCUCCAC